AAUCAUUUGUUUAUGAUUGGCGGCUUCGGGAAAUUGUGAAAGAAAAACACCCGUGAAAAUGUGUGAGGACUUGCUGAAUUUCUCUCUAAACGAUGUGAAAAAGGACGUUCUGCAUGGCAUUGUAGAGUGCAACAAGAGAGGGCUGCUGCAGAGCGCCAAAUGGCUGGCGGAAUUGAACUUUGGAAAUCAGAAGGCUGCGGGAGGGAAGGCGAAGCCGGUGCCGCCUCAGCACCUCGUUCUGAUGGACACGGGCAUUGGAAAUAAUGAGUAUGACGAAUACUAUCUGGCCAAGGCGUAUUUCGACUGUCGGGAGUACGACCGGGCGGCAUAUUUCACGCGAGAAAGCAUCUCGCCGAUACCCAAGUUCCUGCACCUCUACUCACGCUACAUGGCCAAGGAAAAGAAGAGACUGGACAACAUGACAGAUAGCUUGAACAUGAAUGAUGCGUCAGAACUGAAAGACUUGAAUGAGAUCAUGGAGGACCUUAAGAUUGAGUAUAACGAGCGGAAGCUGGAUGGUUACUGCCUCUAUCUUUACGGCGUGAUGCUGAAGAAGCAGAAACUCACUCAAAUUGCUCUCACCGUUCUACUAGAGGCGGUUAACCAAGAGCCUCUACUGUGGGCGGCGUGGCUGGAACUCGCUCCACUAAUUCCGGACAAAGAAAAGCUGCACUCUGUGAAGCUUCCGGAUCACUGGAUGAAGAGCAUCUUCAUUGCUCACACGUACAUAGAACUACUGCUGAAUGAUGAGGGCAUUAAAGCCUAUCAGGAUCUGCAACAGGCGGGCUUUAGUAGCUUUUACAUUACCUCACAAUUAGCAAUAGCGCACCACAAUAAAAGAGAUGUUGAGAAGGCAAUUGAAAUCUUCCAACAACUUCAGCAAGAAGAUCCUUAUCGCCUGGACAAUCUGGAUAUCUACUCAAAUCUGCUCUUCGUUAAGGAAUUGAAGACAGAGAUGGCUCACUUAGCGCACAAAGCGGUGGAGAUCAAUAAAUACCGCCCAGAAACUUGCUGUGUGAUUGGCAACUACUACAGCAUACGCUUGGAGCACCAGCGAGCCAUUUCCUACUUCCAGCGCGCUCUAAAGCUGAAUCCGCAGUAUCUAUCGGCCUGGACGCUGAUGGGACACGAGUUCAUGGAGAUCAAGAACACCAACGCUGCCAUCCAAUGCUACCGAAAAGCCAUAGAAGUCAACGGUCGUGAUUUCAGAGCCUGGUAUGGCCUCGGCCAGGCUUAUGAGAUCCUGAAGAUGCCCUUCUACAGUCUCUAUUACUACAAAACCGCUCAGCAGCUUCGUCCUUACGACAGUCGUAUGCUAGUUGCUCUCGGCGAAACCUACGAAAAGCUGGAGAAGAACACAAACGCUCUGCGAUGCUACAAGAAAGCCUGCAAUGUGGGUGAUAUUGAAGGCAUCGCCCUGCUGAAAUUGGGAAAUCUUUACGAAAGAUUGGCCGAUUGGAAAAACGCCAUUCCCACAUUCCUCGAGUACUGCUCAGAUGAUCGACCUGUCCUGGACAAAACUUCACUCUAUCGAACUUAUGUGAAACUCGGGAAUUACUAUGAGAGCAUCGGAAAUUACGACGAGGCCGCAAAGUUCGCCUACAAGGCGCUCGAGCAUGAUGAGACAAAGAACGAAGCCAAAUCUCUGCUGAAGACUAUUACGAACAAGAGAACGGCAACUCAGAUUGUAGCCCAGAGUCCGGAAGCUCCUUCACCCCGGCCAGCGGAAGCCUACACAAGUGAAGUGGUGUACAUGGAAGAGAGUGACAUGGUGAUUGAGAGCAGCAUCAUAGGAGAGGAACGGCCGAUGGAAAGGCCAGCCUUUGAUGAUAGCAAUGAAUCCAUGUUCACUAACUACUGAGUCUGGUUAAUUUUGAUAAAUAAAUUUUUCAC